CACUGAUCAUCAGUGCUCUGAUGAUCAGUGUGCCCUGAUGAUCAGUGUGGCCCCAGAAGUGCCACCUGUCAGUGUCCAUGAGUGCCAGCUGCCAGUGCUGAACAGUGCCACUUGCCAGUGCCACAUCAAUGCCACAUAUCAGUGCCUACCAGUGCACAUCAAUGCCACAUAUCAGUGCCUACCAGUGCACAUCAAUGCCACAUCAGUGCCCCCAUCAGUGCCAGUCAGUGCCACCUAUCAAUGCCAAUCAGUGUCACCUAUCAGUGCUGCCAAUCAGUGCCACCUAUCAGUGCCCCUCAGUGCCACCUAUCAGUGCCAGUCAGUGCCACCUAACAGUGCCAGUCAGUGCUGCCUAUCAGUGCCAUAUAUGAGUGCUGCCUUUCAG